GGUGAAUCCGGUCCGAGUCCCGCCAGUCGCUCCGAGAGAGCCGAGCUGAGAGACGCGCGUUCACACAGACAAGGCAGAGGGAAGAACGCUGAUGCGCAACUAGACAACUAUAAUGCUAGAAUAACCUUCUGACCACCUCGACUCUCCAGCUCCAUCCCUCUCACGGUCCUACUGGGCAGAGCCUGAUCAUUUUUAGUUGAUUAAAAUCCAUCCCUUUUUUUGAUUUUUGAUUUCUCCCUGGGAAUACUGUUAUUACGCCACUUGCACCGUUGAAGAAAUUGAGGGUUUUCUAUAGAGGUGAUUCGACCAUGGGGAAUGGAUACGGAACCGGACCAAAGAUGGAGGCCUUGUGCUUGAACCCAGGCAGUCGCCUAAGAGCAAAGCCAACAGACGCAGCUCUGAACCACUGACCGAAAAAAACACAGAGGAUCAGAUAGUUCCUUGGGCUCAUACCUGCGCACGCUACGUGGAAAUUGGUUAUUUUAUCCGGCCAUCUUUGAAGUACCCUUGGUGGAGAAACAAUAUAUUCAGUCCAUUAUCGACAUUAGAUCUUCAUCCGCCACUGCAGAAAAAAGGCCAAGAAAACGGAUAUUGCGCUCCAGUGUGGACCGCGGACCUUGCACAUGGAAUAUACCUCAACAGCAGAUAUCCCAAGAAGCAGUAGCACCAAAAUUUAAAAUAACCUGAUGUUAUUAUCACUUUGAGGAUCUAUUUCCAAUUGAAACCCCCUUCUCCCUCCCUCCAACACCGGAUCGUGAUACCGUUCGCCAACAUGAAUCCCUGUUGCCUCCCGGGUCUCCUCCUGCCGCUGCUGGCCGUGGCGCUGGCCGGCACGCUGGGUCUGAGCGGCGCUCUGGAGUUCACCGGCGCUGAGGGCCAGUGGGCCCGCUACAUGCGCUGGGACGCCAGCAGCCGGAGUGACCUCACCUUCCAGUUCAAGACCUCCGCACCCGACGGCCUUGUCCUGUACUUCGACGACGGCGGCUACUGCGACUUCCUGCUGCUGGCGGUGGCGGCCGGCCGGCUGCGGCUCCACUUCAGCAUCGACUGCGCCGAGACCACCGUCACGUCCGACAAGGCGGUGAACGACAGCCGCUGGCACUUCGUGGCCGUCGGGCGCGACAACCUGCGCACGGCGCUCACCUUGGACGGGGUGACCAAGGCGGACGAGGUGCGACCCCAAAGGCACUUCAUGAAGAUCGUCAGCGACCUGUUCCUGGGCGGGCUGCCGGGGGACAUCCGCAUGUCGGCCAUCACCCUGCCGUCCGUGGGACAGCUGCCGCCGUUCAGGGGGAUUAUCCGGGAGCUGAGCUACGGCAGCGGGCCGCCCAGGUUGAUCAACAGUCAGAAGGUGCGCUUGGAUCUGCUGGGCCUGUGCACGGAGAACCCCUGCGAGAACGGGGGGAGCUGUUCUCUGGCCGACGGGGAGCCCUACUGCGACUGCUCCAAGACGGGGUACAUGGGGCGCUACUGCACUGAAGCAGUACAGAGAACACCAGGCCUGGCACACCUGAAGGCAGAGCAAGCGGGGCGAAACAAAGCGAGGGAGGAGAACGUCGCCACCUUCCGCGGCUCCGAGUACUUCUGCUACGACCUUUCCCAGAACCCCAUCCAGAGCAGCAGCGACGAGAUCACUCUGUCCUUCAAGACGUGGCAGCGCAACGGCCUUCUGCUCCACACGGGCAAGUCGGCAGACUACGUCAACCUGGCGCUGAAGGAUGGCGCCGUGUCCCUCGUCAUCAACCUGGGCUCCGGGGCCUUCGAGGCCAUCGUGGAGCCCGUCAACGGGAAGUUCAACGACAACUCGUGGCACGAUAUCAAAGUGACGCGCAAUCUGCGACAGCAAUCAGGCAUUGGACACGCUAUGGUGACCAUCUCCGUGGAUGGCAUCCUCACCACCACAGGCUAUACCCAGGAAGACUACACCAUGCUGGGCUCAGAUGACUUCUUCUACGUGGGCGGGAGCCCCAGCACCGCGGACCUGCCAGGCUCCCCGGUCAGCAACAACUUCAUGGGCUGCCUCAAAGAGGUGGUGUACAAGAACAACGACAUCCGCCUGGAGCUGUCCCGCCUGGCGCGCAUCGUGGACCCCAAGAUGAAGCUCCAGGGCGACGUGGUCUUCCGCUGCGAGAACGUGCCCACCCUGGACCCCAUCAACUUCGAGACGCCCGAGUCGUACCUGGGCCUGCCCAAGUGGAACACCAAGCGGGUGGGCUCCAUCUCCUUCGACUUCCGCACCUCCGAGCCCAACGGGCUCAUCCUGUUCACCCACGGGAAGCCUCAGGAUCGCCGGGGCGGAGACGCCACGCCCGCCACCGCCGCCGCCGCCGCCGCCGCCAAGGGCCAGAAGAACAACAACAAGGUGGAUUUCUUCGCGGUGGAGCUGCUGGACGGGGGGCUGUACCUGCUGCUGGACAUGGGCUCAGGGACCAUCAAGGUGAAGGCCACCGUGGCCAAGGUCAACGACGGGGCCUGGUACCACGUGGACAUCCAGAGGGACGGGCGCUCAGGCAUCAUCUCGGUGAACAGCCGCCGCACGCCCUUCACGGCCAACGGAGAGAACGAGAUCCUGGACCUGGAGGGGGACCUGUACCUUGGGGGUCUCCCCGACAGCCGGCCCGGCCUGGUGCGCCCCACCGAGCUCUGGACGGCCAUGCUCAACUACGGCUACGUGGGCUGCGUGCGCGACCUCUUCAUCGACGGCCGCAGCAAGGACGUGCGUCAGAUCGCCCAGUCGCAGAACAUGACGGGCAUCCGGCCCUCCUGCAGCAAGAUGGCCGCCAAGCAGUGCGACGCCAAGCCCUGCAAGAACCAAGGCGCCUGCAAGGAGGGGUGGAACCGCUACAUCUGCGACUGCACCGCCACUGGCUUCUGGGCCAGCACCUGCGAACGGGAGGCCUCGGUGCUAUCCUACGACGGCAGCAUGUACAUGAAGGUGGUGAUGCCCACCACCAUGCACACGGAGGCUGAGGACGUGUCCCUCCGCUUCACGUCCCAGCGGGCAUUCGGCCUGCUCAUGGCCGCCACAUCGCGCGACUCGGCCGACACGCUCCGCCUGGAGCUGGACAGCGGCCGGGUCAAGCUCACCGUCAACUUAGACUGUGUGAGGAUAAACUGUAACUCCAGCAAGGGUCCGGAGGUGAUCUACGCUGGUCAGAAACUCAACGACAACGAGUGGCACGCGGUCAGAGUGGUACGCCGCGGGAAGAACUUCAAGCUCACCGUGGACGAGGACGUAGCUGAAGGUCAGAUGGCGGGCGACCACACCCGCCUGGAGUUCCACAACGUGGAGACGGGCAUCCUGACGGAGAAACGCUUCGUCUCCUCCUCCCCCUCUUCCUUCAUUGGUCAUCUGCAGGGCCUGAAGUUCAACGGUAUGCAGUACAUCGACAUGUGCAAGAACGGCGACAUCGACUUCUGCGAGCUCAACGCCCGCUUCGGCAUGCGCUCCAUCAUCGCCGACCCCGUGACCUUCAGGAGCAAGGGCAGCUACCUGGGCCUGGCCACGCUGCAGGCCUACACCACCAUGCACCUCUUCUUCCAGUUCAAGACUACCUCCUCCGACGGCUUCAUCCUGUUCAACAGCGGCGAUGGCAACGACUUCAUCGCUGUGGAGCUGGUCAAAGGGUUCAUCCACUAUGUGUUUGACCUGGGCAACGGGCCCAGCCUGCUAAAGGGGAACAGCGACAACCAGCUGAACGACAACCAGUGGCACAACGUGGUGAUCACUCGGGACGCCACCAACACGCACACCCUAAAGGUGGACACCAAGUCGGUCACGCAGAAUGUCAACGGAGCUAAGAACCUGGACCUCAAAGGUGAUCUGUUCAUCGGGGGCCUGGGCCCCAACAUGUACCAGAGUCUUCCCAAGCUGGUGGUCUCCCGCGAGGGCUUCCAGGGCUGCCUGGCCUCCGUGGACCUCAACGGGCGCCUGCCCGACCUCAUCAACGACGCCCUGUUCCGCAGCGGGCAGGUGGAGCGCGGUUGCGAAGAGAGCACCCAUCCACCGAGAACCUCAAACAGUAAACUAGCCGGUCGUUCGCAAAAACGUCCCAGCACCACCUGUCAGGAGGACUCCUGCACCAACAUGGGCGUGUGCAUCCAGCAGUGGGAGAACUUCACCUGCGACUGCACCAUGACAUCCUACACCGGGACCCACUGCAAUGACCCUGGCACCACCUACAUCUUCGGGAAGGGCGGAGGCCUGAUCACCUACACCUGGCCCAACAACGAUAGGCCCAGCACGCGGACGGACCGUCUGGCCGUGGGGUUCAGCAGCACCAUCCAGGACGGCAUCCUGGUCCGCAUCGACAGCGCCCCGCGCCUGGGAGACUACAUCAUGCUGCACAUCGAACAAGGAAAAGUCGGUGUGACAUUCAACAUCGGGACGGUGGACAUUAGCGUGAGGGAGACCUCUACAGCGAUCAAUGACGGAAAAUACCAUCUGGUGAGGUUCACCAGGAACGGAGGGAACGCCACCCUACAGGUGGACAACUGGCCCAUCAACGAGCACUUCCCCUCAGGCAACAGCGACAUUGAGCGCUAUCAAAUGGCAAAUAAGAAAAUCCCGUUCAAAUAUACCCGGCCAGUUGAAGAUUGGCUGCAGGAGAAAGGUCGUCAGCUGACCAUCUUCAACACCCAGGCCACCAUCUCCAUCGGCGGCAACGACCGCAAGCGUCCCUACCAGGGUCAGCUGUCGGGCCUGUACUACAACGGCCUGAAGGUGCUCAACAUGGCGGCGGAGGCGCACGCCAACAUCAAGGUGAACGGCAGCGUGCGGCUGGUGGGCGACGUGCCGGCCAGCCGCGGGGCGGCGCGCACCACCACCUCGGUGCCCCCCGAGAUGUCCACCACCUUCAUCGAGACCACCACCACCCUCUCCACCACCACCACCCGGAAGCAGCGCUCCCCGCCCACCAUCCAGCAGACGACGGAUGACAUCGUGUCUUCGGCAGAGUGCUCCAGCGACGAUGAAGACCUGGAGGAAUGUGACUCUGGACAGACAGGAGGGGAGCUAGUAAUCCCCGUGCUCAUUGAGGACCCCAUAGACACCCCCUCUGUAUCCACCCUUUCACCCUUCAUGCCCUUCCCCACCACCCUACGCCCCGUCCCCACCAUUAUCGAGACCACCAAAGAAUCCCUUGCCCUGGCCACUGAGGCAGGGGUACCGUGCGUGUCGGACCGAGGAAGCCAUGAUUGUGAUGGUGGUGGUGGUGGUGAUGGUGGUGAUGAUGAUGAGGAUGAUGGUGCUGAUGAUGAUGAUGAUUAUGGUGAUGAUGAUGAUGUCGGUGAUGGCAUGGUGAUUUCGGGGUUUGGCUCUGGCGAGGCGUUCGACUCUAGCCUGCCCCCGACUGACGAUGAGGAUUUUUACACCACCUUCUCCCUGGUAACAGAUAAGAUCAUGACCACCUCAGCCUAUGACGGCGGCUACAAAGCCCUCGCGCCCAAGUGGGAGGCCAAAGACUUGAGGCCGAGCAAGGCCUCGGGGGCCGGUAGGACUACCACACCCACCCCGCCCUCGCCCAACUUCCGGGGAGCGCCGCUGCCGCCGGCCGUCCCCUCGGACGCGCCGCCCAAGCUGCCCGCCGGGAAAAUGAACAACCGCGAGCUGAAGCCACCGGCGCAGCCCCCGCCGCCGCAGCCGGACAUCGUCCUGCUGCCCCUCCCCACGGCCUACGACGGCGCCGGGGGCGACGGCACCAAGCCCCGCGGGGGUCCGCCCAUCACGUCGCCCAUGCUGCGCUCGGUCCCGGCCGCCCUGCCCACGUUGCCGGGCGUGGUGCGUCGGGCGCCCCCCGAGUCGUCGGAGGUGAUCCGCGAGUCGGGCAGCACCACGGGCAUGGUGGUGGGCAUCGUGUCGGCUGCCGCGCUCUGCAUCCUCAUCCUGCUCUACGCCAUGUACAAGUACAGGAACAGGGACGAGGGCUCCUACCAGGUGGACGAGACGCGCAACUACAUCAGCAACUCGGCCACGCAGAGCAACGGCGCCGUGGUCAAGGAGAAGGCGGGGGCGGCGGCAGGCGGAGGCGGCGGAGGAGGCGGUACCAAGGGCGGCGGCGGUAGCAAGAGACCCAAAGACAAGGACAAGGAGUAUUAUGUAUAGAGUCCGGGACACGAGUCACCCUUACCCCGUACCUAACCCCUGCGCGAAAACACCGGUAAAUGGAAAAAGAUAUCUAUCAAACUGUUUGGAACAAAGAUAUAAACACUUUGACAGUACCAUAUUGGCAACUGUGAUUUAAGGAGAGAAAAACACAAAGGAGCAUUCUCUCGAGGACUCGAUACACGCGCAAUGUUGAGAUGUUGAAACCUUUUCUUUUUUUCCCCCACCAAAUAAAAAGGGACUAUGGCUUCUGUAGGCGUGCUCUUGCUGAGGUAAGAUUUAGGGAAAGACUGCAGUCGAAAGCGGGACAGGGAUUCUACAGAAAGACAUUUUCACAGAGUCCCGAGUAAUACCCCCACCCCGUCGAAACCCUCUCCACCGACCCCCGUCAGAGACAUCUAUCAGUGUAAGAUAACAUCGCUCUUACACGACACACACAAAACCCCCCCAAGUGACUUGUCAGAGGUGUGUAAAUCCAUGCGACUUUUGUCCAUUGUAAACCCUGUAAAGAAUACAACCACUGUCAUUUUUUUCGGCCAUUCUGAGCAUGCAUGUGAGGUGUAUGUGAUGUGGUGGUGCUGGCAUCUGUGUAUGUGAGGGACUUUGCUGAUUAAACGACGAUUGUCGGGGGGGAAAGUUGGAGGUCAAAGUGUACCAUCAUAACUCGUGUUUGGUUUUUCGUUAAUUAUACCUUUUAAGGAUAUGAGGUAAGAUAUAGGCUUCAAGGUGUCAUAUUAAUUUCUAGUUCAUAAGAAUUAUCAUUACAAUUCAAAUCAUUAUUAUGGUAUAAUUAUUUAUAUCAUUAUGCAUAAUUUAUUUGUAUUGUUAUAUUAUUUUAUUUUUAUUCAUUAAAAAUAAAACGUUCAUUUAAUUUUGGUGCGAUUGCACUUUGGAAGGGGUAACUUCCUGCCAGGGUUGCCAGUGAUUAUAACAAGCAAUGUAGUUCCAUUUUUGUAGUGGUAUUAUUCAUUAUAAGUAUCAUUCAUGACAUCCGAAGAUCUUCUAGACGGUGUCAAAGCAUACAAGACAUUCACCACCAUGCAAAGUGCAACAUGCUAUUAAAUCACUUGGUAGCGCUUUAUUUUUUCUUCUCACUUGGAUUCCAUUAGACAGGCAAAUCAUUUAUUUCUAGAAUAAUUUAUUUCUGUUGCAUUGUCUUUCCAAACACUGGGGAUUCUGUGACGAAUGUAUUGGUAAUUAUGUGUAUCUGGUAGAGAUGGAUUUGCAUCCAUCAUUCUGAGGAAGAAAAAAAGUCCUGGCUUAAGUUUAACUUGAACGCGUGAACAAGUGUGAAUUUGUGUCCGUUGUCACAGUCAACUGUGUCAAAAACAGCUAAUAUGUUUACAUAUUUUAUUACACCAUAGUCGUUGUUCUUUGCAGGUUCAAUCUUGUACAUAACGUUUCAAUUUUCCGUUUGAUUAGCUUUGUCUUCUUUUUUCAUUUUCUUCCAUUUUUAGUAUCAUUGGCUUUUUUUGUUUUGUUGGUGUUACAGACGUGAUGGAAAUCGAAUAUUUGACAUUUUACCAGGACCAAGUGAUGUGCACAGGGAAAUAUUGUUUAUGGGAACAAACUGUUAGUGUUAGAAGUUUAGAUCAUUCUCUUGAAGGUGCUUCUUGGAGUUGCAUGAAUAUUUGACUCCUGGGAGCUGUCAGUGCAAUAAACGUAACACUCUAGAUUACCGUAAUAGGACGCAUAAAUAUACAGAGAUUACGUUUCAUGUUAUUUAUUUUUUAUCGGACAUCUAACGAAACGAGGGAGCGUUGGAGACGAACGGAAUAAAAAGCAGACGUGACGAUGAGGACGCUGAGACACGUUGCUGGCACAUUAUUGAUUCAAAGGUGUGUUUUUGUUCAUUUCUUAUUUAUUUUUUACACAUUUUUUGUCGGUCUUUACAGCAUUUCGUUACAGCGUUACAGCGUUUUAUCAUCCUUUGUGUCUUAAUUUGUAUCUCGUAGUCACAGGCCGUCUUCUUUUGCUAACAUGUAUUUGUGUCCCCAUUUUCUUUCUCACUGCAUUCCAUGCCUACUCGGUCAGUGUGUGGGUUCAUUUUGUUUGUGUUUAAUUCAUUUUCAGUUGUUUUGGUGGAUUCUUCAACCAGUUAUUUACUUGUCGCUAUUUUGACUCCAAACAAUUCCCAGAAAUAAAAAAAUGUUGUUCCCAAAGUU